AGUGUAAAGUCAGACUCGCGGCAACUGAGCAGCUGAAAGUGACGCUGUAAAUGUGACGCUUUGACCUUGAAGGCUUAUCAUGCCGGGAGACGCCCGUAGGAAACGGUUUUUAUACCAGCGUUCUCAGACGUUGCCGGCGGAAGAUGCUGGUGAAUCUCUAUUAGAAAGGGGAGAGGAAAAAGAAUUGAGAAAACCUAGUGGCAGUAUAAGACGAACGCAAUUUAAGCAGAGGAGAUCAAUAACGUUGAGUGAGGCGCCUGUUUUGAGGCCAAAUGAUUCUCAAAGGACAUCUUCCAGGACUACACCAACCGAACUCUUUCAUAAAAUGAGGGACAAAAUUCAACAAAAAUUAUUCCAGACCGAAUGGCCUAAUGCUGCCGUAAUAGUAGAAGAUCGACGGCAAAGGGCAUUAGAGGCCCUUGAGGCCUCAAUAGGAGCGCAGGAGACGCCACAAACUAGUAAAAAGGAAUUAAUUUGGGAAAAAAUCGAAUUGAAGGAAGUUUCAGCCCUGACCGGUGCUAAAUACAAAUAUUCGCCAACAAAGGUACCAAAAUCAGACCUACCUAGACCAAAAUCUUGUUCAGAAGACCCUCGGCCUAAAAUGUCACAAUCGAAAUCCGAUUUUCAACCGUCCACAUCAUCGAGCUCUCCAAUCGAACAAAGAGAAAUAAUUCUCGAUGCUAAAGCCCAGGCAAGGCUUCAGAGUGAAAAAUCUAUCCCAGAUGUCGUGUUUGAUGAUCAUGGUCAAACAUGGGAUGUUUACGGGGCAGAAUUUGAUCCCGAAAUCCUAGGUCAAGCUAUACAAAAUCACUUACGAGAAUUAAUGAACGGAAAAGAGGAGAAAAAACAAGAAAGAUCGAGGUCUCAAGGCUUUUGGUUCAAGCUGUUUUGCUUGUUCCGGCAGACACCCGAAGAGGCGUCUGCUUAACUUAUUAGAGAAAAAUAUCCUAUUCGUAAAAGCAAAAACGAAAUGCUCUAAAACUGAAUUUGCAUCUUGGAUUUUUGUGUUAAUAAAAUAUACCUACACAUCUGGGAACUUAUUCGCCUACUCUGUUUUCAUAUCUCUUACAUGGAUUAAUUAGUUAAUUAUUGAAGAGAAAAAUGAAAAUCUCUCAAAUGAGCCACAGAUUAGCCAUAGAACGAAAAAAAACACGACAAAAAAAUACAUAUAUAAGAUUUCUGGAAUCACCUUUUAACAGAAAAUGAUAAGUUUAAUAUUAAUAGGACGAAAUACAAUCUGGAAAUUCUGCUCCUUGUACUAUUCAGUAGCACUUUAAGGGAUUAAUGAUCAAUAAUGAAGCAAACAAAUGAAGGAAAGAAGGGGAAUGGCAGGGUGAAGUGUAAGGAAAAAUUACAUAUAUAUAUAUAUAUAUAUAUAUA